UCUGCAGCUCUGUGAACAACUUUUUAUUUUUAACCACCCCGUGCACAACUUUAACCACAAUAAGGCCAGUAAAAAUAAUGGUCCUGAAUAGAAAACGAUAUGAGUUUGGUGUUACGUAGCACUGCACAGCUCUUAACCACGUUCUGUAACUUAAAAAAAUGCCACAAGAAACUGAACUUUCUGCUUCUAGCCAAAGUUGUCCAGAGGCAAGACGUGAAAUGGCAACAUAAUCGGUUUGAGCUCAUGGAGAAACCGUCGUCUUCAGGGAAGUCUGAGCUGGAGGAGGCCGUCCUGGAGGAGGCCGUCCUGGAGGAGGCCGUCCUGGAGGAGGCCGUCCUGGAGGAGGCCGUCCUGGAGGAGGCCGUCCUGGAGGAGGCAGAGGGAGGAGCGGUGGAUCCUCACUCCUCCAGGAAGAGCUCGUCCCGCAAAAGCUUCCGGCUCGACUACAGACUGGAGGAGGACGUGACCAGGUCGUGUCGGGACAAACACGGGCGCUGGACCAACCCCUGGUCCACGUGGCGAUUUCCCUCCGCCGCACUUUUCAUGAGGUUUUUCUUCCUCGACAAAGACAACAGCAAAGUGCCCUCCAACAAAGAGGCCCUGAACGCGGAGCUGCCGGUGCUGGAGCCGUACUUCGUCCAGAGUCCAGACCUGAGCGAGUCCGGGCCCGGCCUCAGAGUCACCUGGUUGGGUCACGCCUCUGUCCUGGUGGAGAUGGACGGGCUCAACAUUUUAACGGACCCCAUUUUCAGCCAAAGAGCUUCACCCAUUCAGCUCGUGGGACCAAAGAGGUACAGAGGACCCCCCUGCACCGUCCAGCAGUUGCCCAGAAUAGACGCUGUGGUCAUCAGUCACUCUCACUAUGACCAUCUGGACGCCGGAUCCGUGUCCAGUCUCAACUCUCGCUUCGGAGCAGAGCUGCGCUGGUUCGUUCCUCUGGGGCUCAUGGACUGGAUGGGGAAGAUGGGCUGUGAGAACGUGAUGGAGCUGGACUGGUGGGAGGAGAACUGCGUCCCCGCCCACGACGACGUCACCUUCGUCUGUACGCCCGCCCAGCACUGGAGCAAACGCACGCCGUACGACGACAACAAGUCGUUAUGGGGCAGCUGGACGGUUCUUGGACCUGAGCAUCGAUUCUUCUUCGCUGGAGACACCGGAUACUGUCCCGUCUUUAAAGAGAUCGGACAUCGCUUCGGACCGUUCGACCUGGCCGCUAUUCCCAUCGGAGCGUAUCAGCCCAGGGAUGUGAUGGUGGGGCAGCACGUGGAUCCUGCUGAAGCUGUUCUGAUACACGAGGACGUUCAGGCCAAACAGUCUCUGGCCGUUCACUGGGGAACGUUUGCUCUGGCCCAUGAGUUUUACCUGGAACCUCCCGUGCGUCUCCGUGAGGCUCUGGAGCAGAAGGGACUUAAACCCGAGUCCUUCAUCGUCCUGAACCAUGGAGAGUCACGUCUGAUCUCCUCACCGCAGGGAGACGUGUUUCACUGAGGCAAAACACGUUUAUUUUACACAGAAUAUAGAAAUAAACAUGAACUGAUUUAUGUGCGACUUUCAUAAACGAGUCCAUGGAGAUGAGCAGCUGAAAAGUUCCAUAGUGCACCUUUUAAAACAGAAGAAAAGGCUUUAUUCAACAGGUUUAUUUUAUGUACUGUCCAAACAUUCAGAGUUUAACACGAUAAUAGUCGUUUUAUGGCACUGAAAACUUUGAAACGCCAGUGUUUGUCCUGGUUUAUGCUUAAAACGAGAGAAAAACUGGCACAAAACACUUUCUCUUCACAUUUUUGAUUUGUAUUUUUCUUUAUACAAUGAAAAAAACGGCCUGUAAGUGUUAAAUAUUCAGAACUACUAUAUUAGAUCAUAAGGAUGUUCUUGUAUUGUCCAGCACAGACGUAGAUUCUGACACAAAAAAGAGCUUUUAUGGAGCGGAGAAAGAAAGUAAAAACAAAUAUUACAGUGAAAUGUUAGUUUAUUCAGUGUUUGUGUGGAGUUAAGGAGCGUGUGACGGGCUGGACUUAUCAUUUCACAAAAAACAAACAUGGCUGACGUCGUUACGUUUAAGAUCCGACUAAAAAUCCAGUUUAUUUUGGUGAAGUUUGUCGUUUUACUUCCUGGUUGGACUGUUACCUAGCAACCGUGACGUAAACAAGGGCCAAAGCUCGUCUAAAUUACACCGUAGUUAUGAUUUGACCGAUACAAAUACACGGUGACUCCUGGAUUUAGUUAAAUGAAGGUUUAAAGUGUCAGGAUUCGAGCAGGAGGAGGUGGAGCAGGAGGAGGAGCAGGAGGAGGUGGAGGUGUGGUCCUGCUCCUGCUCCUGAGUCCGUCGUCAUAUUAACUCCGUAUGAACCGAUACCAGAGCAGAGACGGAUGAAGUCGUUUUUUUUCUUAAAACAAAUAAAAGGACAAAACUGAUCCAAACGUGUCACGGAGCAGAUUUAUGUCUAAAGUAAAAAAAAGAACAAGUUUGUGUAAAUCAAAGUUCAAACAUUAUGACACUUUUUGGUUUAGACCUGGUUCAGUCCUGGUUCAGUCCUGGUUCAGUCCUGGUUCAGUCCUGGUUCAGUCCUGGUUCAGUCCUGGUUUAGUCCUGGUUUAGGCCUGGUUUAGGCCUGGUUUGGUCCUGGUUUGGUCCUGGUUUGGUCCUGGUUUGGUCCUGGUUUAGUCCUGGUUUAGCCCUGGUUUAGCCCUGGUUUAGUCCUGGUUUAGUCCUGGUGUAAAUGAAUUUACUCUGAUGUUUUUGUGGUAGUUCCAGUGUAGACGCUGCAGGUCACGCCCCCUGUUGGCCAAAGGUCGAACACAUUUUUCAGUUUACGUGUCCAACCAGGAUAUCGUCUGAAUCGAUAUUUUGAAAGUCGAUAGCCGAUACCACCAAACCAACAUAAAAACAUCGUAAAAACAUGAAAACCCGUCACAUGAGCUUUAACUCUCUUUCACGUUGCCAUGACGACGUUUCUGGCCUGAAAUGUUCUGAAAAACCUGCUGAGAUUUGGUUAAUGAGCUUGUUUUUUUAAUUGUACUGUUAUUUUUUUGAUUUCUUGUUGCCAUAGCGACGCAGAGGUUGAGCCGGGUUCCACUUCCUGCGUCUGGUUUUUCAGAAAACAGUCGAAACCACAAUCCGGGGUUUUCUACGUUGUCGUUGUGUACCCAUAAGCCCCCGUGUCACCCUCUACUGUCUCUGUAUUUACCCACAAUCCACCGGGAGUCUCUCGUCUGUGAAAAGUUGAAUGUUUCAAGUGUUUUUAAGCACAAAUAUCUGACCGAGCGAUGCCAAAUAACAUCACAUAUAUACAAUAAAAACAAAUGCAGG